AUGAAAUUUACAAAUUUAACAACAAAUGACUUCAUUACUCUUCUGAAACAAUCGCAGUCUAUAGUCAAAGCAAACGAGUUAUAUACAUGUAUUCGAAAUGCGAAUGUUUCUAUACAAAAUUAUGAAGAUGUCAUCAAUAUUCUGAAAUCUUCUAAGAAAUACCUUAAACUGGCAUUUCUUGAUGGAAUUAUUGAUUUUUUAAUACAAUCGACAAAGGAACAAUCGGAUUAUACAAAGAAAAUCCAAACUCUUCAAGCCGAGUUAAAAACCAUUCAAGAACUAAAACAAAAAAGCGACAAACAGGUUGAAUCACUUAAUUCCCAACUCAAUCAAAUAUACAAUGAUGCUAAUUAUGGCGAAAAUUUUAUAUCAAAAAUUUCAGAACUUAAAAAAUCUAAUGAUUUCGAAAGAAUUUACAAGUUCUUUGAAGCACUUUCAUCUCAAGGAAAUCAUAAAAAGAUUUCAAAAUCAUGCAAAGAAGGUCUUUGGCUAAUAGAAGCUCCUAAAAGUAAAAAUGGAGAUGAAAAAAUAAAUAUACUUCAUGCAGCAUGUGAAAAUGGAAAUCUCAGACUUGUAAAAUCUCUCAUUGAAUGUGGCUGUGAUAAAGAAUCGCCUUCUCAACAUAAAAAUACUCCACUAGAACAUGCAUCAUUGAAUGGAAAACUUGAAGUUGUUAAAUAUCAUAUAUCUAUUGGAGCUAAUAGAGAUGCAAGGAGUGACGAUGGAUGGACUCCACUCAUUUUUGCAUCACGAUAUGGUUAUCUUGAAGUUGUUAAAUAUCUUAUCUCUGUUGGGGCAAAUAAAGAAGGAAGCAAUGAUUAUGGAUGGACUCCACCCAUUUUUGCAUCAGCUAAUGGUCAACUUGAAGUUGUUAAAUAUCUUAUCUCUGUUGGGGCAAAUAAAGAAGCAAAGACUAAUUCUGGCUAUACUCCACUCAUUUUAGCAUCAAGAUAUGGUUAUCUUGAAGUUGUUAUAUAUCUUAUCUCUAUUGGAGCUGAUAAAGAAGCAAAGAAUAAAGAUGGAAAAACAUGUUUCGAUCUUGGAAAUAGUGAAAUAAGAGAAUACAUUUCUUCAAUAUGA